CAUCCUCCGUCUAGUACCGUACCGUACCGUGCUGUGCUGUCCUUUGCUGCCCGAGUUCCUCCAGCCCUUUAUUUUCACUCAGAUAUUGCGCAAUUGCAACCAUUCACCUGCGAAAUGCGGUGUUUGGGGGCCGAUCUUUAUUACGACAUUUUGAGUUUCAAGGGGAUAUAUGUAGGAAGGAACUGCAGAAUGCUGGUUUACACCGAAGGUGGACACAACAUGCUGGAGUAACUCAGCAGGUCACGCAGCAUCUCUGGAUAAAAGGAAUAGGUGACGUUUCGGGUCGAGACCCUUCUUCAGAUAUGUUGCCCCGGCGCCUGAUGACUGUUCUCCAUUUAAAAUGUGCGUUCACCCCUGUGGUCAAAGCCCAGGGUACAACGAAGCUUUUACCAUGCUCCCUUGCUUUGUGGUCCUGCACCUCGUGGAGGUUUUUAAUGUUAGGCGUGUCCAGACACAACGGUGACAAUAAGAGGGAUUCGCCGAGUACUCGACAAGAAAGAGUAACUCGCAGGGGUGCAACUAGCACUUUUACUUUAUUUACUGCAGGGGCUGCCAGAAAAAGAGCCGAAUUGGCAAAAAGCAAACUUGGUAAUAAACUGAUGGAUAUUCCAAAGGUAGCGAACACUGCAAAAACGCAAAUUCCAAUAAACCCUUUGAGUAUAGAUGAAUGGAAGAAACUGAAAGCUGAUGCAUACAAUAAAACUCGUUUUGAAGUAAGCAUGAUGGAAAAAUUGCUGUCCAAUCAUGCUGAUAUUGACGUGGCUAAAUCACUUUUAGUUUUUGUGACAAUGGAAACUGGUACUAUUGGAUAUGAACUACUUUUGAAGUAUUUAGCACUGUGUGUCCAAGGGCAUCAUCUAAACGAGGUGCUUGAUGUGUAUGCCAUUAUGAAAACAAAAUUUAAAACGAUGGAUAUAGGAGCUAACAGCCUCUUCAUCAGUGGUUUUAGCAAGACGGAUCGUUGGAAGGAGGCUUUGAUAUUUUUGGAUUCAAUUAAAAAAAUGAUUAACCCAUCACCAAGAAAUUAUGGUGAUGUUAUUAUUUCCGCACUUCAGCACAAAGAAGUAGAAACUGCUUGGAGAUUGCUUAACGAGAUGGAAAGCAGAAAUCUACAACCAAAUGAAGAAACAUUGCAAGCAUUUUUCCAUUGUGUUAAAUCAUCGUGUGAUAAGCAAUAUGAAAAUAUGAUGAUGAAUAUCCUUUCAUACCUGAGAGACAAUCAAAUAUAUCCUGGGGAAACUUUAUUGUACAGUAUCCAGUCCUGGUUUGAGAGCCUCCCAGGUAAGGUGUGGGAAGGACACAAAACAACUAUUGAAUACAGUGGGGAAUGCCACAAAUGCAACACAUUGCUAGAAUCCAUUCAGCUAAGUGAUGAAGAGUACAAUAUAUUAAGAGAUUGUGUGAUGAAUGAUGUUAUACAAGGGAGAGAUGUUUUUAAGAAGACGACUCCUGAGGAAUUGCAACAUUUUCAGUCCUUUGUGAAGAAUCGUCUCCCUUUUGAUGUUGUAAUUGAUGGAUUAAAUGUAGCCAACAUCUCAGCUAAGGGUACGCAAUCUAAAAUUCUUCUUGAAGUAGUUUCUCAUCUUGCCCAACAAAACUUACGUCUCCUUGUCCUUGGGCGCAAGCACAUGCUGAGAGGAACACGUAACUGGGACAAAAGUCAUAUGGCUGCCAUACAGAAAUAUGCUGACUGCUUCUUUACAUCAAAUAUAUCAGAAGAUGAUCCCUUUCUUUUAUAUGCAACAAUAAUUUCAGGAAAUCACUGUAAAUUCGUUAGUCGAGACCUUAUGCGGGAUCAUAAGGCCUGUUUGAUCAACAAAAAUGCACGCCGUUUGUUUUUCAAGUGGCAGCGUGGACAUCAGCUUGUGCUAUCACACUAUAAUCCAGGACACAAGAUCAAAUUUGAGGUCAUAACAAAGUAUGAUACAAUCAUGCAGUCAACACAUAAUACCUGGCACAUACCAUACGAAGAGAGAGGAGUGGAGAGAUCCUCCUAUGAAGUUCCACGUAGAUGGUUGUGCCUUCAAAACAUAACUGAAAAGAAGUGAGAUGCAAAAUGCUGGAGUAACUUAGCAAGUCAUGCAGCAUCUCUGGAGAACAUGGAUAGAACAUGAAUGUUUCAGUUAGGAACUGUUCUUUAGACUCAAAAGACGUUCCAACCUGAACCAUUACCUAUCCGUGUUCUCCAGAGAUGCUGCCUGACCCGCUGAGUUACUCCAGCAUUUGGUAUAAACCAGGAUCUGCUGUUCUCUGUUAUUUUAUACUCAAAAUAAGUGUAUGAAUGCUGUAGUUUUUGUUUUUAAAUAAUUAUUAUUUUUUGAACUUUUUCUUUAGCCUUCCUGAAGUGUUUUGUUUCUUUAAUUUCAUCUUAUUUGCCUCUUCAAGGAAUAUGAGAGUAGCACUGUAAUGUAGUGGCACAUUGUGGUGCCUGCCAAAUCACUCGGAAUGAGUUGAUACGGUUGAUGAAACAGAGCUUUUUAUUGUAUUGUUUCUUGAUCAGUCAUUGGAACAACCUAGAACCACAAAUAAGACAUUUGCUAAUGUAAACAUUAAAUGAAAUUGUAUCCAAGAGUACUACAUAAUCUUGUAAUGCAUGUAAAAUAUAUAAAUUAUGUAACUUCAGUUCGAACAAUUGCAUUCAAACUGGUGUUCAUGUGUACGUUAAGAGAUAAUAAGUAAGAAUUGAUUUUUGUAACAAAAAUGUUUCACUCUUUUAAAAAAAAGGUAUUUUCAUUUUGAGUAACAAUCAUGAUAUUGUUAAUUCUUGCAUUAACGAUGGAAAAUUUAGAUGUUCGCGAUCUUUAAAUAGGCUUCUGACCAAAUUAUAUUUUUUCCAGUUAUGUGGGAAUUAUCUGGUCAGUAUCGGAUACAUUGAGCGAAUAUAAACUGUUACACAUACAUCUGUGUUUGAAUUUAAAUCAACAGAUUUUGGGAUUGUUGUGAUAUUGAAAAAGGUAAUAUAGUGAAAGAUGUUUUAAUGCUAUUUGUUAACACCCAGAUCCAUAAAUAAUAUGAAAAAACAAAUUUGUUUCGAUGUUCAAAAUAUGCUGUUGUGUACAUUUAUUAAUAAAAUAAAAUCAACCAACA